UCUGUUUUGCUCUGUGCAUUAGAGAAGAAUCUGUUGGAAAUGCACUCACUAUUUGUGAUAUGGCUAUUGGUUUAUGGUGUGACUUGUGAAAGUCACCACCUAAGGAUUUACAUUACCACAACAUCUGCACCAAUUUCUUGGCUGCCUACAUAUUCCAUUGUUUCAUAUCUUGAUGAUCUAAUGAUUGGAAGAUACAACAGUGAUAUUCGCCAAGUUGAGUCUUUGUAUAUACGAACUAAAGGAAAAAUUUUGAAUGAUCAGACUAAGCUUGCUCAGCACUAUGAGAAUUACCAUAAAUUUCUUACAGAGUUUGUUCUGAAAAUGUUCAACCAUACACUUGACUAUCGGGCAAUUCACAUUUACCAAAUAAAGUUUGCCUGUGGAAUAUAUGAUGAUGGCUCUAUUGGUGGAUUUGAAGAACAUGCUUUUAAUGGAAAGGAGUAUGUUGUUUUUGAUAAAGAGAAAUUGAUGUAUAUACCAACAACACCUAUAGCUCAGAUCAUGACAGAUAGCUGGAACAGUGAUAUACAAUAUUCUAUAAGAACAAAAUCUUUUAUAGAACAUGACUGCAUACAGUGGUUGAAGAUAGCCCUACUUUUUGUAAAGAAGGAGUUGGAGAAAAAAGUUCCCCCAAAGGUUAAGGUCUCUGAUCUCCAGUCAGACAAGAUCACCAAGCUACAUUGCUUUGUGUAUGGGUUUUACCCCCAAGCUGUGGAUGCAAAAUGGAUGAGGAAUGACAUUGAUGAUGUCUACUCAGAAGAAGCUAAGCAGGUCUUCCCAAACCCUGAUGGGACAUUUCAAAUUAGAGUCACUGUGGAGGUAACACCCAUGUAUGGGGAGAGUUAUUCCUGUCAUGUGGAUCACAGCAGCCUGAACGAUACUAUGAUAAUUUCUUGGGAACCCAAGAGGAACAACUCAACAAUAUACAUUGUGAUUGGUGUUGUUCUUGUUACACUAGUCUUCGCUGUUGUUGGAAUAAUAAUAAAGAAGAAGAUUCCAUACAUACAACACCAGACGGUGAAUACUCGAGAACCAGAACCAGAAAGUUCUUGAUGUUUUGCAGUUGCUGGGGAGAGAAGCAUAUUUUUGUUCAAUGCAUGAACUAAUUUCAUGUUUAUAAUGUACUUAGGUAGGUAGUUUGCACUAAAUGGCGGAGAAAAAAAGUGAUGCCAUCUACUUCUCUUGCAAAUAAAGAACAUAUAUACAAUAUUGCAACCCUAUAGUACUGCAGACAUAUGUACACUCCCAAGAUUACCUCCCUGCUUUCAACAAGGGUUAUCAAGAAAAUGAAGAAAAAUUAUUAAUAAAAGUCGAAAAUAAGAAAACUGUUUAAAAGGACAGUAAACACACCUUAUAUAAUUACCGUAAUCAAAAGUUGUAAACCUGAUGAUACGCCUGCAACCUUUGAAAUAUACUUGUUCACAUCGUA